CAGCCUUCACUCGGAGAGGCAGCGAGGGCUGGGAAGGAAGGAAGGAAAGAAGGAAGGAAAGAAAGAAGGAAGGAAAGAAGGAAGGAGGGAAGGUGCCCGUCCUGGACACGCCAUGGCCGCCCGCACCGUGCCCCACGCCUACCCCAUGAGCUCCGAGUACGAGUUCGCCAACCCCAGCAAGAUCUACGACCAGAACUUUGGAGAAGGUGUGUCCCCAUCGGAGAUUUUGGCCCCUGCCCUGUACCACGGCUACUACAUCCGGCCCCGUAUCAACAAGCAGCUGGAGAGGGGCACCUCGGAGAUCUGCCUGAACGAGCACAAGUUCCAGGUGUUCCUGGACGUCUGCCAGUUCCUCCCCGACGAGCUCAGCGUCCGCACCGUGGACAACCUGCUGGAGGUGGUGGGGCAGCACCCGCAGAAGGCUGACCGCCACGGCUUCAUCUCCAGGGAGUUCACCAGGACCUACAUCCUGCCCCUGGACGUGGAUCCCUUGCUGGUCAGGGCCACCCUGUCCCACGAUGGCAUCCUGAGCAUUGUGGCUCCCCGGACAGGCAAGGAGGUGAAGGCCAGAGUCAACGAGGUGAAGAUAACCCAGCAGGAGCAGCCAGUGGAAAAAGAGGAGCAGGCUGAGGAAGGAAAAGCGAAGGAAAAAUCCUAAAGGCUGCAGAUCUGGGAAGGUGUGGGGGACAGGGAUGGGGAAUGCGAAAUGCCAGACCCCUGUUCCUCACCCUCGGUGUUCAGCAGUGCCCUGAGGCAGCCACACUUCUGCUUCUCGAGGCUGAUGGCUGGGAAAAAACGGGACUUGGAACUGGAAAAAAAGAGUGGGACUGAAGUGUGUGUGUGAGUGACUGUAAUGCAAGUUUUCUCCUAGGUCAGGUCACCAUGCAGGGAGCUCUGCUCUCACCCCAGGGUCAUUCCUACCCUUAACUGUGAGGCUGUGUCUCAAGGGACUGUGCUCUAGCCCAGAAGGGCACUGGGAAGAGAGAAAAGGGGAUCCCAGUGCCUGGCUUCUGAGCUGGUGGCUGAGUUUCGUGGCUGUGGAAGGUGGGUGUUGGUCUGUGAAAGUGCCUGCAGCAAUCAGGAGGAGAGAGGAAUAAAUCUGCCUCUGCUCUUCUCUUGUUUGCCUUGGAUUCGUGUUGCUCCUGUGCAGCAGGAAGAAUGGACAGUGCCCAGCUGGGACUGAGCUCAUCUGUGCAAGUGGCACCAGAGGGGACAUGGAGGGACUGUGGCCACCUCUGUGCCUCACCCCCCUGGCCCAGCUGCUGAUUUAGGGAGCCCAGAGUGAAGUGACCUCAAGGACCAGAAGGUGAGGAGUGAGGAGCCCUUGGAAGGUCCCUGAGCAUCUCCAGACCUGCAGCUGGAAUGAACCCAAGUUCAUGGGGCACAAAUUAAUGUCCAGCCACAGCCUGUGCCUGCUCAGCCCUGUGGUUACGGGACACCCUUCACACACAGACCUCUGUGAGGGGACUGAACCCCAAAGUACUGCUCAGACCACAAUUGCCUGUCUGUGAGGGCAGGGAGGGGCUGAAUUUGGCCGCUUUUGCAGACCCUAUGCUGCUACAUGAGCAAUGUCCCCGCAGUCUCGUGAUGGGGACAGGGAUCGUGUGUGCUGCUGGUGCUGGCAGCUGCUGCCCCGGCGGCCCCAGGGCUCAGCAGGUGACAGUUGCCACCCUUGUGUCAUCAGGGCCAAGCCAGGCACACAAAAUGCUGUGUCAGUGGCUAAAUUUGGGGGUGCCUGGCAUGCCUGGGUGCAGCUCUCCCAACAGAGGGGAGGGGAGGCUCCAAAAUCUUCGGGGAUGUCAUUUCCCCCAAUCCCUGUGGCUCUGCUUCCACCCCACUCUGGGGCCAGGAAUGCCUGGGGCCAGGAAUGCCCCGCUCAGGAGCCUGCCCAGCACAUCCCCCUGGGAGCUGGAACACGGAUGUGAGGCUGAUUUCUGUCCCCUGCCAGGCGAAGUGGGAUCCAGAGCAGAGCAGAGCAGAGUGCUGCCCGGCUAUUUUCAGCUCUUUUCUGCUUCCCAGGGCCCUGGCAGUGCUGAGGAUCAGUCAGAUGAGGAGCAGCCCUGCCUGCCAGGCUCAGGAGGCACAGGGAGGGUGGCUGAGCCCAGUGCAGAGCCGGUACCUCAGUCGGACCUCCUGCCCUGACUCCUGAAGUAGAACCAGAGAAACUGUCAGAAUAAAAAAUCACCGUUGCAACA